AUGGCUUCUGGCCGAGGUGGAUCUGUAGCACGAGGUCCAGGCGGCGCUGGUAGCGGCGUACCAGGUUCUCCACCACGACCUAUGGAGGGGCGGGUAGGGGAUGGACCUGGAGGAGCCGGCGCUUGCUUUGUGGGAGGGUUGCUUUCCUUAGCGACGCCGACGUCACGUCAUUCUUUCCGCUACGACGGCCCUCGACCCCCUCCUUCAGGGCAGACACAGCCGGAGAGUGGCAGUGGGGAAGAGGAUGAGGAGGAGGAGGAGGAGGGUGAUUGCGAUGAGGAUGAGGACGAUGAGGGGAGCGGGGAUGACAGUGAGGCAGGGUGGGACCCAGAGACGGAUGGCGGUGGGGAGAGGGGAGAGGAUGAUGAAGACCACGAGAUGGAUGGGUUGGAGCCAGAGGGGGGGGAGGAGGAGGUGGGAGAGGGUGGUGGAGAGGCGGCGACGGAGGCGGGCUCACACCAUGUGCGUGAAGGGGGUGGGAGCGUGGGGGUUACCGUAGGGAAAAAGGCCGCGACCAUUAAGCCGCCAAGGCGGGGGAAGAGGGUGAACAAGUUGAGGGAGCGGGCGUACCCCGCUACGUUCACAGGGGAGCCGUUGGGCGAGGGCGUGAUCGCACCGGAGUUCUUAGACGAGGACGGAGGGUCAGAAAGUAGCAAGGGGACGGGUAGCAGGAAACCGGGGUGGCAAGUUAUGAUGUUCGGACCGAAGGACGCAGACGAGAAGCGUCAGUGCAAGAUUUGCACUGACAAGAUCUCGUGGAAGCAGUCCACAACCACUCCCGGCGAGUGGCACUUCGCGAGCCACCAUACAACGCAUAUGCUCGUAUGGCAUCACCGUUACCACACCCCGUCCAUUCAGUUGCCAGGCGAAACGUUUCCUCGAGGGGGCUACAAGGGUGUUCCAGAUGGCUACGUCGAAGCUUACCCGCUUGCCAAGACGUGGCCUCAUCUCGCGACCAAGACAGGGCAGGCAUCGCGUGGAGAUAAGAAGGGGGGCGGGAUUGAGCGGUUUAUGACAACGAAGCUGACUUUGGGGGAGCUCCGACAGGCGAUCGCCAAGCUAGUGGUCACCUGCGACCUCCCCUUCCGCAUCGUGGAGGCCGAGGCUUUUCGGGAGCUGCUGAUCCUGCUAAAUCGCAACUGCACGCAGAAGAACUUCAUCCCCUCCCGAUGGACGGUCUCCCGCGACACCGUUGUCUUUGCGGCGGCCGCUCUCCAGUCCGCCAUCGCGGAGAUGCUGGCGAAGGAGGGGGAGCUGGGGUGCAAGGUGUCGACUACCAUAGACAUAUGGACGGCACCCAACAACAAAGCAUGGCUAGUGGUUACCGGCCACUGGAUAGACGAGGCCUUCCAGCUGCGCACGAUGGUGCUUGAGUUCCGUGAGAUGCUCGGGCGGCAUGGGGGCAAGGAGAUUGCGAAGGUGGUUGAGGAGACAGUGGUGCAGUGGAAGUUGGAGGGGCGUUGUCUUGGGUUGACGUCAGACAACGCCUCCAGCAACAUUGCUGCCUUCAGGCGGCUGUCGGAGGAGGGUGGUGGGAGGUGCUUCUUCACCGAGCGCAUGCACUUCCGCUGCUUGGCACAUGUGAUCAACCUUGCAGUGAAGGCAGCUCUCGCAAUGGCCGCCAUACGCAAGCUGCUGAAGAUCCUGAGGGAGAUGGCGUCGUGGGUGGGCUUCUCGCCACAGCGCUCAGGGAAGUUUCUGGGCCUACAGCGGACCUUGAACGCGCAGGCCAACCCCGCCAAACCGAAGCCGGCGCUGAAGCUGGUGCAGGACUCUCCCACGCGCUGGGGGUCGACCCACGACAUGGUCGAGCGAGCUGGGGUUCUGCAGGAACCAAUCAAUGUCUUCUUUGCCCAGACACAGCCACCCUCACUAACCCAAGUUUCAUUCUGUCAACCAUGCCUGUCCAAACCCACAAACCUACAGGGCUUGUCGGCGACUGACAAGAAGAAGGUCGAGACCUUGCGCCUGACUGACGCAGAUUGGGAGACUCUGCAUGCUGUCAAGGCAUUCCUCAGUCCAUUCGCCAGAGUCUCGAAGGCAGCGGAGGGGGCGGCGUACCCUACAGUGUCGAUGGUCGUGCCGUACUACAACGGCCUGAUCGACGCUUUGGAGGCGCGCCUUGCGAAGUGGCCAUCGGAUGCGCUGAAGCCGAUGAUCGAGGCGGCGCUGGGGGUGCUGAAGAAGUAUGCGUACAUGUCCUCCAACGAGCUGUGGAUCGCCACCUUCUUGGACCCGUCCAUGAAGGCGGCGUGGUUUGAUGACGCGCACUGGGAGUCGCAGCAUCCCGAGACCGAGCCGAGGGUGAGGCCGCGUCCCACUUCUAGCGAGGUGGUCCAGCUGGUACGCGACCGCGUGGCCGAGUACCAGGCCCGGGCUGCAGCGCUAGCCCCCCGGGCGCCCCCACUUGCCACUGUGACGGAGGAGGAGGAGGGUGACGCAGCGGACGACGACGAGGAUGCGCAGUAUAUCCCUAGUCGCCGUCGACUUGCAGUGCGUCUCUCAGCGAGCCAGCAGGCGGGGAGGGGCGGGAUGCUACAGGAUGACGAGGUUAGCAGGUACCUGUCGGAGCGGGUUUGGGAUGACGUGACGGCGUUGGAGUACUGGCGCACGGCCACCAACAUGCAGACGCUUAGGCGCAUGGCCCAGGAUUAUCUCGCGAUCCCUGCCACGUCCGCAUCGAACGAGCGCGUGUUCUCCUUGGCCGCAACGUCAUUUCCUGGAAGCGACACCGCCUGGCCUCCCAGAGAACGCGAGCUAUCAUGGUUCUCCGAUCCUGGUACACCUCACACCCCGGCCAGAGGAUAG